UAGCAGCCUUAAUUUUUGUGAUGUAAUUUGCUUUACAGUAAAUCUAAACUUGCAUAACUUUUGAAGUGAUUCCCUCCUGUGAUAAUAAGAUAAUUAAAAAAAAAAAAAAAUAGUAUUAAAUUUUAAGUAAAAUGUCACACCUCCACUCUGCACGCAAGCGACGCAAACGUGUCUACGCGCUUGCGUCACUGUGGAGCGCAGGGGAUUAUGGUUAGACAGCGGAAGCAAGAUGGCGGAGGUGACAGAUGAGGUGUUUUCUCUCUGAUGGUUGGAAACAGAAGAGCUUAACUUCAUCCUGAGGAGGGAUCAGACAGCAGCAUGGCAGAUGACAACGAGAAACCUGCUGUUGCUCCUCCAGUGUUCGUGUUUGAGAAGGAUAAAACACAAAAGAGGUCAGCCGAGGGAUCCAGCACAGAGGAUGGAGAAGACUCUGAUAAAGAAGAUGGUAGUUACAGCCCUGCUGCCAAAAGAGGAAGAACAUCACCAUUUACACAGUUCCCACCAACUCAUUCCGUUUCUAAGAAUAAUGUUUUCAUGCCAUCCAGUUUCUGUCAGUCACCAACCGGAAACUCCGACUCAGAACCUGAAGAGAAGACUGUGGGGUUUCGCCUGAAGCCCCCGACGCUGAUCCAUGGCCAGGCGCCGAGCGCUGGUGUCCCCAGCCCCAAACCCAAAGAAGCCCAGCGCAGCAUUCUGCGACCUCCAGUGCUGCAGCCCCCUCCGGCCCGAACCCCCCCUCAGAGCAACAUGAGCAACAGCAGUUCAAACGGAGUGAAAAACCUCUCAGAUGGAGGAGCAGAAUGUGAACGUAACUCAGAGACGUCUGCUGCUGGCACACAGGAAAAUGACGUGUCAUCGAUAAAGAACAACAGUACUUUGGGGCAAAAAACAGAUGACAAACCUGAAGGACGCGGUGCCCCGACUGAGGCCAGUUUUGUAUUUGGACAGAAUAUGAGGGACCGAGCAAAGGUGGGUAACAGCUGGGACUCCUCUCAGAAUGCUGAUUGUCUUCUGGCAGAAAAUUCUGAGGAAACAAAUUACUUCUUGCAGUGCACCACUUCUAGUGCACAAAAACCUGAUAACAGCAAAGCCAACAGUGUGAAGUUUGUCUUCGGGCAGAACAUGUUGGAUCGUGUCUUGACACUGCCGAAGUUCAGCGCAGAACUACCAGGGGGCAGCAGAGAGUUUCAGUCUGAGAUGGGCCUGUUCAGCCAGCUUUCCUCUUCACAAGAUCAAACCGUGGAGAAGAGUGACAACCUGAAAGAGUCUCUGGAGGAGUCUGCGGCGCGUCAUGAAGCGCACAAAUCCCAGAAGUGUUUAUUAGAGCGGGUGGAGGUCAGGACAGGAGAGGAGUCUGAGAGCAACGUGCUGCAGAUGCAGUGUAAGUUGUUUGUGUUUGAGAUGACGUCUCAGUCGUGGGUGGAGAGAGGAUGUGGAGUGCUCAGGCUAAAUGACAUGGCAUCAGCGGAUGACGGCACCUUACAAUCCAGACUGGUCAUGCGGACUCAAGGAAGCCUUCGAGUGAUCCUUAACACUAAGCUUUGGCCUCAGAUGCAGGUGGAUAAAGCCAGUGAGAAGAGUCUCAGAAUAACAGCCAUGGACACAGAGGAGCAGGGCGUCAAAGUCUUCCUCAUAUCUUCCAGCUCUAAGGACGCUGCCCAGCUCUUUGCAGCCCUGCAUCAUCGUAUACUGGCGCUGCGGAGCAUCAGCGGUCAGGAGUCUGAAGGCCAGCCGGCUCUCCCCGACGGGGGGGUCAUCCGCUUCAGUGACGACGAUGAGUCCCGCACGCCCCCCAAAGCCGCUACGCCUGAUCCAGGUAACCCAGAGGCUGGUGUGUGUUCAUCCACAGGUGACACACAGUGCUGAGCCUGUUGCUGAUUUCUAUCCCACAAUGCCUCACUGCAGCCCUCUGAUCAGCUCAAAUACUAUGCAGGUGUUUUUCUCCAAACUCCUUCAGGUGUACUGUAGUCAUGUGUUCAGCUGGUUUUAUUUAUUGCAUUUUUAACAGCAAAAAAAGGACUGCACACAUAACACUCUCAACGUCAUCAUAUUGAUGAAAAGAGAGGCUCUUAGUGUUUUAGUAAACCGUCAAGAUUUUCCAUUCUAAAUGUGAUAACUCAUUUAUGUGAGACUUAAUUAUUCCAUACCCUCCUGAGUGGAAACAGGAUAGAGUGCACACAGAAACCAAACACGGGUGUGUGUUUUCCCAUCUCAGUUUCAGCUGCACUGUUAAAAUCAUCCAUCACUCCUCACUUUAGAUCUCAGAAGGAUUUCAGAUGAGUCAUGGGAUGCGUAAGCAGCAUUUAUUUUACUUUGUAGUUUGCUCAUAUAGUGCUGUAGAACAGUACAAUGUUAAAAGAGAGCUGAUCGCCCAUGAAACUGCUCUUAUCUAAAUAGAGUUUACAUAAGAGAGUUAUAGAAACAUUUCAGAAUCAGAAACGUUCACAAUGCAGCUUUAAGUGGACCUCAUUUAUUACAUCAUAUUAAAUCAAAUUUGUUUAGUCACUUUACUUAAAAGAAAAGUUUACCCAUAAAUGAAAAUUCUGUUGUGACUCUCUUGUCGUUUCAAAGCUUUGUGCUUUUAAAGUUUUUGAAAAAUGAACAGAAUAUAGGUUUGGAAUGACAUGAGGGACAGUUUUCAUUUUUGGCUGAAAUGUUUCGCCUUUUAAACUUCAUUACAGUGAGCUCGACCUCACCUAGCAAACAAAAGGAACAGUUGUACAAAUACUUACUGUAAAUUAUCCUCCAGUUUCAAUGCAAUAGUACCUUUUCACACAGUAUAUUUUUAUGAAAAUGUCCUGUAUAUCAAGAGUUAGUAUUGUACAUGGUUUAGGAUUGCAAGUUUUAUAGCAAAAUGUCUUAUUAAUGAUGACAUUAAUUAUCAUAAAAUGUGUUCUGUAUGUUCUGUUACUACAAUAAUACUAUAUACAGUGUUUUUCAGCUAAAUAUUUUGUUUAUCGGGGAGUUUUCGAUUAGAUUAGCGAAGGAAUGAAUCUUUCUCUCACUUAACAGGAAUUUUGUUAAAAAAAAAAGACAGUGAUUAGUUUUACAUUUGGACUGUAUAUACUGUAUAUGAAGACUUCAGAUGCAAAAGCGCCAUCUGAAAUUUUCUUCUAAAAUGAGCAUUUUUAAUCAGGCUCUUUAUGUUUAGGUUCAGUAAUUUCACUUUAAUGCCAAUCAAUAAGUCCUUUUCAUUGCCAUUAAAGAGAAAUAACUGAACAUAAGCAUAGGAGGGUUUUUGCAUUGUAAAUCUUCAUAUCUAUAUAUAUAUAUAUAUAUAUAUAUAUAUAUAUGUUGAAUCACUGUUUUGUGAUUGCAUAGCAUUGGAACAGGUUUUUGGGUGAAUCUCAGAUGAACAUGUCUGGGUCAUGUUCAUACAUUAAGAUCUUAUUUUUCUAGAUAAAAUUCAUCCAACCUCAAUUUUCAGUAGCCUACUUUAAUAUGAAAAAAUGGCAUUCUCAUUAUUGUAAUGCAAAAAACAAUAUUAUUUAAAUUACGUAAAUCAUGCUAGUAUUUGUUAUACUGCCUUUAAUUUGUGCUAAUUUGUGUUUUUAAAACUCUGUGCUUAUUUGUCAAUGUGUCAAAUAGAGUUGUCAAAAGUACUGACUAUGUUACCUAUCGGUACUAAAGAUUUAAAAAUGUGAUGCUUUGAGCGCAGUUGAGCGGAUUCGUAAACAUCUCUGAUUGGCGAUUGUGUUCACUGCGCUCAUCGGAUAUGUCUGUGAUUGGCUACAAUGAUCAACGCACGGCAGCGUUUGAAUUUGAAAGCGGGAGCGUUUGAUAGCAGGUGUCUAUCAGUGGACUGGUCUGUGAUAGACUCAUGCUUUCAAACGCUCCCGUGUGUAUCUGUGUAAGUGCGCGAUGAAGAGCUUCAUUGAUGACUAUUUACAAUGUUUUUACAGUGUUGAUCAUGGUAGCCAAUCACAGACAUAUCUGAUGAGCCGCGAUCAGAGGUGUUUACGAAUCCGCUCAACAGCACUCAAAGCGUCACAUUUUUAAAAUUUCAUUACCGAUAGGUACCGAAGUCGGUACAUUUGACAACUGUAAUGUCAAAAAAUGAUCAAAAUAAUGCCACCAUACAAAACAUUAAUUAUUUGAUUGUAGGGUGAAUUUGACCUAGAUAUUUUUUGUGAGAUUUGCCCUUUAAUAAAGGUUUAGGAUUUAUUUUUAUUUAAAGAAUCAACCUGAUCUUAAGUUCUAGAAGGCAGUUUGUCAGCUAGUGUGGGUCAGACGUCAUCACUCAUGAGGCACAUUACUACCAAACUACAUACAGAAAACCUGUGCGACUCUCACACAAUGUAGUCAAAGAAGGGCUUUUCCCACUCUGCUGCUGAAUAUCCUCAAUACACUGCCAGUGAUCGGUACUCAUGUGUAGCAUAUUCACAAAAUGUGAAAAUAGAAAACGAUGUAAGGUACAUUGUCUGACUGUUUCUAUCAACACACAUGCUGUAAUGUGUCUGAAGCAGAUGAUCCAUUGCUUCAUCCUGCCAUUCACAUAAAUGAAGAGACCCUUUGUACAGUUGAAGAGCAGGAUGUGUAGCAUAUGAUGUAAAGAAAGACUUGAAAUAAUCAGUCUGAAUGUGUUCAGAUGAGAACAGGUUACAUUUUGUAGUUUUUAUAGUAGGAUACUCUUCAAAUACGCUUUAUUUUAAUUAAAAUAUUGUUAAAAAUAAAAUGAGAGAUAUGUAGAUACAUGCUAAAUAGGCCUUUUAAGCAAGUUUAAAAGAAUAUUUUUGUCCUUUUUGCAGAGGUUUUAGUGUUUAUACAAACUACAGCACUUAAUUGUUUUACGUUGUGUUCAUAUUUGUGUUGUACUUGCUUUCCUUUUAGCAUUACAUUCUGUUGUUCUGCUUCAGAAUGAGUGUUUCUAUACAGUUAGAUGUUUCCCAUCAAUAUGAAAGCACGUAAACUAGCAGGGCUAAAGGUUUACAAAACAGAUGUUUGCUCAGUGCGAGUUGAUUGCUGUAAAUGUCUGUAAAUGUUUACAUUCAGUGUGUUGCAGGCAGCAGAUGUACUAUAGGACACACUUUUUUUUCUUCUUCUUUUUUGGGUUGUUUGUAUAGACCUCAGAGAGACUGUGAACAUGCUGGUGCUAUUUCUGGUCCAGAACAACUCAACUGCACUGGCCUCGUGGUUUAAAUAUACAAUUUUGCUCUGGUGGAAGCGUUUAGAGAUCAUUUAGAAGGGCUAGGCUGCUAUUGGAAUAAACAUCUAUUGACUUGACUGGAAUAAGUAUGUCUUUUUGUUAACCACGAAUUUGAAAUGUGUAAUGAUGGUCAAAUGUGGGCAUAUAUUUGGUCAGUUAUAGACAUUUCUGUUUUCCAUUAACCAUGUGACCAGUUGCACCAUUAUAAAACCCAAACCUAGAAUAUGCAAAUGAUCUUGUCUUUCUUUCCUCUUCAGUUUUUAUUUCUCCAUUAUUCAUUCAGCAUCUCCAUCGUAUUUCUUUUUUUGAUGGAAUACUGUAUUGUAUUCAUGUUUGCAAUUAAAAAAGGUGUGUUCCACCUACACACAUCUGCUGAUUUUAUGAUGCCGCUUCUAAGUGGAACCUGUACCGUCUUUGACCGUUGUUUCAUAAAGUCUCUUCCUUUGUCUGCACUCUCUA